CGGAAAGCGAAUGGGGCUCAGGGCUCACUGCGAAACUUUGACCUGACUGACUUUAGCAGUUUCACAUUUUGCACCUGAAAUGCAUCGAGCUUCCUAACGCACUGACCGUGCCCGCGUGCCGCCCAGACCUGCCUUUCCGUCUCGGAAGUUUCGACACAUGGAACUCGCCAAGAUUCGUGUUUCUUAGUUUAUAGUUAUUAUCCAAUGGUUAAUGAAUCGGGUUCUUUGUUGUAUGAAUGUAAGUGUUGCGUGUCACAAUCGAGCCUCCGAGGCGAGCUUCCGGCAGGUCGGGCGCACUGAAGCUCUUGCUGUUCUGUCAAAUGAGCUAUGCAAAUAUUAAAAUUUGGCGUCAGAGCUUGAUCACUGCUCGAAGAUCACAGCAAGCCUUGUCGGCGCGGAAGGGCAAUCGCGGUUCGGUUGCAAUAAUGCGACAGCCCUCUUUGUUCGCCACUCUAUAGUCUCGAGUCGAUACCCAUAUACAAAGCUUUAAUCAUUACAACAAGCACCCAAUCCACUGACGCCAAAUCGCGGCCCACGCCGGCACCAAACAAGUCGAUUGUUGAACAAAUGCGCCCCGGCUACCGCUGUCGCCCACCCUGCGGCUUAAGGAAAAGCUUACCCAGCUAGUUAACAUACAGGUGCUAAGUACUGCACUAUUGCUUCGCUCCUUCGAGCUCCACCAGAAAGCGGAAUCCUUUUGCGUGAAUGUCGGAGGCUGCGCAACCAAACGGUGCGGCAUGGUCGCUCAAGCUGCGGCCGCCGCACAACAGCUCGAUGGGUUCAGGCCUUGCGCAUCUGAGCGAGGCGCCGGCGAGUGAUGAGCUUGUGGAGCUGCUGCGUACGUGCCACGCGACAUCAGUCCACAGCCGACCUGUCCCCCGCCACACCCAGACGCGCCAGCUCCGAUGGAUCGCACCCAAGUACCAUCUGCUGCUCGCUGCAGCGCUCAAGCUCCUCCGGUGCCGGCGCUGGCGCCGGAGCCGGGGCCGGAGCCGCCGGAGCCGCCGCAGGCGGUGCCAGCACCCGCGCUGCCGCAGCAGGCGGCGGCGUCCUAGACGCACCGGAGGCUCUGCGCAGUCGGCUGCUCCAGGAGCUGGAGCGCCGAGCCUCAGCCACGCCACCCGGCAGCCUAGAUGGCUGGCUGGGGUCAGGCGCGCAUCUGCUGCUGCGGCAUGGCGGCCAGCAGGCGCCGCCCUCAGCGGCGGCACACUCGGCGGCGGCGCACGGCCUGCGCCUGCAGCAGAUCAAAGGGGUGGAGGCGGCGCAAGAGGCGAGGGUAGCGAGGGGACCCGCGGCAGCUGCACACGAUGCAGAACGCAUCAGCCCUGAGGCGCCACUAGCCAGCGGCAGACCAUUGGAGCAGACAGACGCAGGUGGACAAUCUGUGGCGGGAUCGCAACCCCCGGUGCUGCCGCCUGCUGCUGGCCUUGCCGGUCUCGCACACGUGCGCACCAACGCUGCCGCCGGUGGCGCGGCUACUUGCAGCCGCCGUCACUCACCCUUGCCGUCGCCGCGCAGCCCAGCGCACCCCUGCACGUUUCGGAACCUCCCGCCCUCGUCAACACCGGCGCCAGCGCCGUCCCAUGCCGGCAGCGAUGCCUGCGGCGACGCGAGCGCUCAUCAGCUCCGCGCCCGCUCCACCUCCAUCUCCACUACAGCCGCCAGCACCGCUGGCGGCACCACCACGGCCUCCUCCUACCUCUCCAUCUCCUCUUUCUCCGCAUCCGCCUCAACCUCCAGCUCUGUGCUUCGACCCAUCGGAGUGCUGUCCGCACAUCUGCGGCAAGGCGGCCGGGGCGCCAGCGACUCUGCGCCCACCGCUGCCAACGGCCUGCACCACGGUGUCAACCGCGAUAGCGGCAGUGACAGUUUGGGUCGUCGGCGCCUACUGGCGGAUGGAGUACUGGCGGAUGGAGACGAAGCGGUGGCGCCGUGGAUGGGCAUGAGUGAUCUCAAAACGUCUCCAUCCGCUGCGGUGGAGCAGCAGCAGCAACAGCAACGUAAGCAGCCCUGGCUGCCACAGGAACCUGAGCAGGGCCCCAGAGCUGACGGCGCUGAGAGCGCCGCGGAUGAGGGCGUGGCUUCUGGCUCUGACGCCGGCAUUAGCGCCGCCCUUCUCCCAGCCAGCCGCCGCCACCGCAGCAUGAGCUGCACCGGUAGCCAUAAUGGCGGCAUCGGCAGCAACAGCUGCGGCAGCCUCAGUGCCAUGGGCAGCAGCGGCGGCGUGCGCGCCAGUCGCAGCCGCGCCAGUGUCGUCGGCGGUGGUGGCAGUAGCAGCAAAAGCAUGCUGGCAGUAGCAGAAGCCCUGCCGCCACCUAAGCAACAAGAGCUGGAGCAACAGCACCAGCAACAGCAGCGACGCAUCUCACAGACGGUGGUUGCGAGCGGGCCUGUGCCACCGCUGCUGGCACUUCGCCAGGUGCUCAGCGGAAAGAAUCUGUCCGCUACCCGGGGCACUGGUGCUGAGCCGCUCAUCUGCCAGCGCAACUCCAGCCAAAACGGUAGCGGUGUGGCCGGCGGCGGCAUCAGUGCUUCUGGCUUGGCGGAUUCGUAUGCUGGCACAGGCAGUGGCGCCUGCCAGAACACCUCCCGCCGUACCUCCAGCCACCGCAGCCGGCGCGGCGACAAGGGGUCUGAGGCCUCGGGCCUUGCACCGCUGAGCCCGGGGCGCCUGUCACCCGCCGGCCUUCCCCUGUCUCCCAACUUCAAGCACACCGCACUGUCGCCUCCCGUGCAUCCCGCCUUUGCCCUGACCUCGCCGGCGCCCUCUCCCCCGCUGUCGCCGCCGCCACCCGAGCACGCCGAUACUCCGCCCGCACCACCUCCGGCCGCACCGCCGGCCUUGAGCCCUGCACCGAGCCCUCCACCACAGCAGGAGGCGCCCGCCACGCUGCUAGCCCGACCCCGCGGUCUGGGGAGCUGCCAACAGCAUGCGGGGGACUUGGCUGCUACCGGAGAGACAAUGCUGGACGCGGUUGUCAUCACAGCAUUCAUCAGCCCCACGGCCACUGCCUCGGGCGGCGAGGCCUUCGCUGGCGCACUGGGUGGCCGUGCUGGUGGUGUCGCCACACGGUUUGGCGGCGACAAGAAGGCACCAAGCCCUGUGCAGGACCCGAGUGUGGAGCAUGCGGAUGUCUUCGCAAGCUCUAGCCUGGCGCCGCCGUCAGGUGUCGAGGCGGCAGCUCCACCGCAACAGCAUAGCUUGCAGGAGCGGCCACCUCAGAAGCAGCAGCAACAGCAGCUACAGCCGGCCGGCGGCGGUAGCGUUGGUGGCAGCGCUGGCGGUGGCUCGCCGGCGCAGCAGUUGCCGCUCCUGGAUACGCAGCAGUUUGGCCGCAUCAGCAGCCCCAUCAGCGCAUCCGUGGGAGGUCGCGUCUCUCUGGACGAUGAUACCUAUCUGCAGCAUGGCGCUGACAGCUGCAGCCUCGGCGGCGGCGGCCCCGGUUGUGGCGGUGGCGACGGCACCGGUAGCGAUGCCAGCGCGCAGCUCCUGACGGCGCCGCUGGCGCCGCAUCCAAUCUUUCCGGCGCCACUGCAGCCACCGAUACGCCAUGGAUCGUACUGUACGGCGUCGGCCGCAGCAGCGGCCGCUGCGGCCUGUGCGUACGGAAGCCUUAUGGCGGGUGGUGGCGGCUGCGGCUCAAGCUCAGAUGGCGGCGCCGGCGCGGCGGCAAUGGGUUUUCAUGGCGGCGGCGCUGGUGGCAGGCAGCCGCACGUGGCGCCGCAGCGCUGUGCAUCGUCCGGUGUUAGCGCCUUUGCCUCAGCGGUGGCUCAGCGGCAACAGCUGCUGCCGCGACAGCCCGUGUUCGACCAGGAAGGCCAUUGCGGCGGCGCUGCUGGCAGUACCGCUGGCGGCAACGCCGGCGGCGCCGAUAUCACUGGGAGCGCCACUAGUAGCACCGGCGGCGGCGGUGCUACGGCUGGAUGUCCUGAGUCUCCGUUUGCGUGUCUUUGCUGCAGCCCCCUGGUGUUGGAAGAGGGUGAGGACUGUGCUGUCCAGGCGGCGGCGGCGGCGGCGGAGGGCGCUGCGGCGGUCUGCGAUGCCUGCGCACGAUCUGGCAAAGACACAUCCAGCCGUAGUAGUGGCGGCAGCAGCCAUGUGUCAGGCAGCGGCAAGCGCGGUGGAAGCGGUGCCGCUGCCACUAACGCCUCCGCACGUCCUCGCGGCGCCAAGGGGCACCUACUGGCCUCCAAGCUGGGUGUGGCUGCAGUGGUAGCAGUCACAGAAGAGACCGCUGCAGCUGCUGCGACGGGUGACGCGGCUGCCGCAGCGGUGGCCACGGCACCCGCCGAUGCGCCUGAGCCCAUUGACGCGGACUUGCCCGCCCCUACGAGCAUGUCCUCGACGCCUUCUAUCAGCGUGGGCGAUGGUGCUGAAGGCGCCGACGGCCUCACUGCCUCCAUUGCAGAUGCCUGCCGCGGCAGCGGCGUCAGUGUAAGCGGCAGUAGCUCACUGACGGCGGCGGCGCGCAGUGCCUCGGAGGCCGGAUCGGCGGCGGUGUCGUCGGCGGUGGCGCUCAUGAUGCGCGACGUCAUGUGGCCGCCCGCCGUGCGCUACGGCGGCGGCAUGGAUCCCGAGGACAGCCGCAGUAGCAGCAUAGGCCUGGCGCCCGGCCUCAGCAGCCUGAGCAUGGGCGUGGGUCGUAGCAACGCCAGAGACGCUGCCACUGCUGACUACUUAGAUGCCACCACCGCCGCGACCAUGGGCGGCGGCACCGGCGCCAAUUCUGCCUUCUCCACGACCGCCGCCGCCGCCGCCGCGGCGGCGCUGGCGGGCGUGACGGGAGACGCGGCGUCGCCCAUUUAUCAUUUGCACCGCUCGCCGCGGUACCUCUGGGGCGUGUCGCCGGAUGACACCACACUCAUGCGGGCCCUGGGCGACGGCGGGCUGGGCCCCUGCGCACACCUGACCAUCUGGUCCUCCUCCCGCCUGGGCUCGCGCAUGGGCAGCCUGCUUCCCGCCAGCAGCCUCGCCGGCGGCAUGGGCGGCGGCAGUGGGAGCUUGUACGGCAGCUUGGCGGGCGCGAGCGGUAUGCCGUCGUUCGCAACCGGGUGCAUGUCCCGAGGCUCGAUCUCGGGUUCACCAGUGGCGGCGAGCGGUGUGGGCGGCGUCAGUGGCGCUGUCGAUAUCGACUUUCCACUGCGCCAGCCCUCGCGAGAAGGUUCGGGCGGCAGCGCAGGCACUGGCGCAGGCGCAGGCGGGGCAGCGGCUGUAAGCGAGGCGCGGCCCCGCAGCGCCCGCGUGCGGCAGCGUCGCUCUCAGCAGCAGCCACAAGUGAUGACGCCGACGGCGACGGCGAGCGCGUUCCCGGCGCAGCCACUGGCGACGGCAAUGCCGCCAAGGCCGCCAAAGCAGGCGUCCCCUUCGCCUGCACCCGCAGCGCUGGCCAGCCUGCGUCGCAGUUGUUCGAAAGCCGGCGUUACCUCCGGUGGCCUAGGGGCUCCGCCGCGCCAGAUACGCUGGCAGCAGCGCCUGGCGUGUGUGGUGGGUGGCCACUCUGCAAGCGAGGCGGAGGCGGAGGAAGAUGAGGGCGAGGCGCCCACCGCGGCAUCGGCGUCUGCUUCCAACGGCGCCGGGUGCAUUGGCGCUGGCGACCUGCAGGAGGCGCUUGCAACGGCCUCGGUGUCACAGCUGAUGGCGGCACUGGUCAGCCGCCUGGUGGGUGCAGUGCUGGCGGCGCCGGCACGCAUGGCUGCGGCGUUGCUGGCGCUGCUGCUGAGCUGGGUUGCGCUGGCGGCGGCUGGAUCCCGAGCGGCGACGGGCGUAGUCCUGGACCGUACGGCAAGCGUGCUGCACGGCCUUUAUGUGACUGCGCCUGCGCGGCUUCUGGAGAUGGCGGCGAAGGCGAUGGCAGACGGGCUUGGUGCCGGCACUGGUGCUGCGGGUGUUGUCAAUGCUGGCGCACCGGGGAAUGACGAAGGAGACGGAAGUGCAGACGUGGGAUAUGCCGGUGUCAGACGCUAGAGUAUGUCAGAGGAGUAGCGGUAAGGCGGGUUAGAGAGUGGAGAAGCUGUGCUGGCAGCAGGAGAAUUUGGCUGCGCCCCAUUGGGCGUGGCACACGGCAAUGGCUGUGCAGGAUUACGGCGAGCGUACGUAGCUUUAUGGGGUGCUGAUGAUUGUUGCUUAUCGCUUCAAUAACUCGUGGAGUUCCAAUCAGCUUGUCAGUCUCAAAUACGAUGCGAUGUUUGGUCAUCUACCUUGACGGUUGUGUGCACCAUUGACUAAACCUCAAGCCACUGCAAUCUUGACGCAGACAGCAGCACAGCAGGCUACGGUUUGGUGUGCGAUGGGACAGUGUCAAGGCUACGGUGUGGUAAGACAUUGGGACUUCGCCCACCAGUGACGUCCUGUUACAAGAACUGCUAUACGUUGCUGAAGGGUGAGCCUUGGGGUGAGCCCGCAAUUUCGUGCAUUGCCAGAUAAAUUUAGCUGCAGCAAAUGCAGGCAGAUACAUGGCCCUGCCGGCACUAGGGUAGUGCCGGCAACCCUUGGGGUUACUGUGUCGUUGUGUCAAGCUGGACCAGAUGCAGACCCUCCCGAGCAUUUCUCUCUCAACUGCCGCCAUAAGAGUACGUCAUCAGUGAGUCUGGAUUCUGGAAACAAGGGCGAAUAUGGCAUUGUGGUUCCUCUCAGGGUUGCACUGUACUAGCCAUUUUCUUAUAAUACGCGUAUUAAUACGCAGUUCCCAGCUUUCUAGUACAAUACACCAUAAUUCACUUAUAAUACGCCGGCGAGCAAGGGUUAGUACGUGCAAUAGUACUUCCCAUGCAGCCUUUGCCCGGUCCCAUUGCAAAUUUCGCU